AUGGCUACCACCACGGUCACCGAAUCUGUAACGUCAGAGAGGCAAUUUAUUCCAAUCAAGGCCGAUGCUUUACCACCUGUUCAGACAUUCAAUGCCGAUGCUAAUCCUGAGGACGUGAUCAAAGCCUUGAAGAUUAGUGGGGGAUGUAAAGUCAGAGGAGCAGUGGCGAAGGAGAUUCUGGCUCAAGUAGAGCGGGAGCUACGACCUCACAUCGAGGCAGAUGUGGUGUGGGAAGGAGAUUUCUUUCCUAUACAGACGAGGAGGGUAGAAGGCAUGAUUGGCAAGAGCCCCAUCUGUGCUGAACAUAUCAUCAAUCACCCUCUUUACCAAGCUGUGUGCAAGGAGUUCUUGACCACACGAAACUGGUACUGGUCCGGUGAGAAAAAGAUAUAUGCUACCUCUGAUCCUCAAUUGAACAAUUCUAUUUGCUUUUCCAUUGGACCAGGCGCAUGGGAUCAGCCAUUGCACCGAGAUAGUUGGUGUCAUCAAACCUACGAGGCAGAAGUUGCCGUCUACCCAGACAAUUACGAGAGGGAUGUCGGUAUCGGUUGGUUCGUCGCGGGGAAGCCAGCUACCAAAGAGAAUGGCGCCACGAGGUUCAUUCCCGGAAGCCAUUUGUGGUCCAAAGAUAGACCACCCCAAGAUGAACUGGCCAUACAUGCGGAAUUGGAGCCAGGUGAUGCUUUCAUGAUGUUGAGCUCGUGCUAUCACGGCGGUUCAGCCAACAAGACAAAGGACCAGGAGCGACUACUCUUCAGCUGCUUUAUGACCAAGGGUUAUCUGCGUCAGGAGGAGAAUCAAUACUUGGCCAUCCCACGGGAAGUUGUGUUGAAAAUGCCUGUUCACAUUCAGCAGCUGAUGGGAUACAAGUUGAGCCAGCCUUUCUGUGGAUGGGUUGAAUCCGACGACCCACGUGUGGUUCUUGACCCGUCGUUGAAGGAUGACCCGUCAGGCCAUUAUGACAAUGAGGAAGAGAAGCACUGA